AUGGCAGACAAGAUGGAUUUGGACGCAGACCCUCCCCGAGGUGUCAAAAGGUCUGCCGAAGAGGCAGGGCUGUCUCUCCAGACUCCCCGUCGGAUCAAAGCUCUCGAUCCAAAUGUGGUCAACAAGAUCGCUGCUGGGGAAAUCAUUGUUGCUCCCAUGCAUGCUUUGAAAGAACUCCUUGAAAAUUCCGUCGACGCUGGUUCUACCGCUAUAGAAGUCCUCGUCAAGGAUGGCGGGUUAAAACUAUUACAGAUCACAGACAACGGUCACGGCAUUGAGAAAGACGACUUACCCAUUCUCUGUGAAAGGUUUACCACGUCCAAAUUGAAGAACUUUGAGGAUCUCAUGUCCAUUGGCACUUAUGGGUUUCGAGGAGAGGCAUUGGCAAGCAUUAGUCAUAUCGCCCAUCUGAGAGUCACCACCAGAACUGCAACCUCCAGCUGCGCCUGGCAAGCCCACUAUGCCGAUGGCAAACUUACUCCGCCUAAGCCGGGCCAAAGUGCGGAACCCAAAGCAUGUGCCGGCCGUCUCGGCACCCAGAUCACAGUGGAAGACUUGUUCUACAAUAUCCCCAACCGGAGACGGGCAUUUCGUUCACCUUCCGAGGAAUACGCCAAAAUUCUCGACGUGGUCACGCGAUAUGCCGUUCAUCGCGAAGGGGUUGCCUUUUCGGUCAAGAAGCAUGGUGAAUCUGGAGCUGGCUUCUCAGUAGCUGCCGCUGCCGCCAAGGUCGAUCGGAUCAAACAGGCAUAUGGAGGCGGUGUUGCAAAGGAACUUAUGGAGUUCCAAACGGAAGACGCUAAAUGGGGUUUCAGAGCCUCAGGAUAUGCCAGCAAUGCAAAUUAUAGUGGGAAGAGAUCAACCUUGCUGCUGUUUAUCAAUCACCGAUCCGUUGAGUCGUCGGCGGUCAAGAAAGCCAUCGAGCAGACCUAUCAGAUGUUUCUGCCUAAGGGCGGACAUCCAUUCGUUUACCUGAGUCUUGACAUCGAUCCUGCCAGGGUGGAUGUCAACGUCCAUCCCACCAAGCGUGAGGUUCACUUCUUGAAUGAGGACGACAUCAUCGACCUUGUGUGCGCCAGUAUCCGCGAGAGUCUCGCCAAAGUCGACACCAGCAGAACUUUCAAGACCCAGACACUACUGCCCGGAGUGGUGACCCCUAUGACGCCGAUGAACUCAAGGCUCGCCGCGACAGCCGAGACACCUUCCGCUGAUGAAAGCGGUGGCCCGCGAAGGACAUCUACCACCAAGAAACCAUAUGAGAACAAUCUCGUUCGGACCGACUCGAGAAUGCGGAAAAUCACGUCCAUGCUCCCACCAGCUCUGACGACCGGAGAGUCACAAGAUGGAGAUGAGUCUCCCACUGUACAUGGUGUUCGAUACUCUACCACAGACCGGGAACCUGUCCAGAUCAAACUGACGUCGGUCAAAAGUCUUCGUGCCAAGGUCCGGGAAGAAAUGCACAACGGACUCACCGAGGUCUUUGCAUCUCUGACAUAUGUAGGUCUCGUGGACAGCAACCGAAGGCUGGCGGCCAUCCAAUCAGGCGUGAAAUUGUACCUGGUCGACUACGGAUUGGCGUCCAAAGUGUUUUUCUACCAGGUUGGGCUCACCGAAUUUGGCAAUUUCGGUCUCAUCCAACUACAGCCAGCGCCCAAAUUGUGGGACCUGCUGGACCUUGCCGCCCAGUAUCAGAUUGAAACCGCCCCCGACUGUGCUGACUUGGACAAAGCUCAGGUCGUGCAGAAAGUUUAUGAGCAGUUAAUGGGUCGGAGGGAAAUGCUCGCCGAAUAUUUUUCCUUCAAUAUAUCUGACGACGGCCUUCUCGAAUCGAUCCCUCUCCUUCUAAAAGGGUAUACGCCGUGCAUGGCGAAAUUGCCCACCUUCAUCUUGCGGCUCGGGCCCUUUGUGGACUGGACACAGGAGGAACCGUGUUUUCGGACUUUCUUGCAGGAGCUGGCUUCGUUCUAUGUUCCAGAGCAGCUGCCAUCACGGAGACAGCCAGAGAGAGAUUCCGUCAAUGCAGACUUGGAACGCCCCACAUCUGAUAGCGGUGGUCUCGAUGCUGAUGCGGACGACAAUAUCCUGCGAGGAGAACAGACCGAAGGCGAUCAGCUUAUAGAUCAGCGGAGAAAAGAGCUGGAGCACAAUCUAGAGCACGUCCUUUUUCCGGCCUUCAGGUCGCGCAUUGUUGCCACGAGGGGCAUGUUGAACGGUGUGGUCGAGGUCGCCAAUCUGAAGGGCUUGUAUCGGGUUUUCGAACGCUGCUAA